AUGAAGUCAGAUACUGUAUCCGUUGUUAUAUCCCCUCCUAGAUUCGAUUUGGAGUCUUAUGGAUCCCUCGACGAAGAAUUACUUGAACGCACCUGGGAUGGGAUUCUUCCAGACGAAGCAAGCUUUGGUAGUAGCUUCGAUCCAUACUUAGAGGAUGAGAAGAUUGAUCGGAGUCACGAGCGUGCAGAGGAUAUUCCAGAUGUCGGUCGAGACCGACAAAGCCGGCUCAACACAAAAUCCUCUUUUUUCCCACCAUCAAAGUCCACCAAGAGACAAGUGAAGACGAAGAGACAUAUAAGGAGAGUCGAUAGCGAGAGCGAGCAUUGUGGUGAUGAUGUUGAGGAGGGUGAUCCUGGGCAGCGUGAUCUACAGGAGGCAAAUUAUCUGAAGACUCUGGCGUCGGCCCCUAGCAAUGAUGACAAGCAUUCUGACCCCGAGAAAGACUACAUCGAGUCCUUCGCAAACGAUCUUGACUUAGAAGAAAUGGAAGAGGACGCCUUCUCCUUGGUCGAGCCAAAUGUGCGAGAUGCGAUGGUUUAUUAUAUAUCCCGGCACCCUUUCUUCGAGCACGACGAAUAUCCUGUGAAGCGAUCAGAACGAUGCCAGUUUAGCAAAGAUAUACGGGAAAAGGCAUUGGCUGCAGGGAUAAGUGAAGCCACUCAAGAUAAAAUAGUUGCUUACGUCAAGAAACUAUAUCUCUCUGCGAAUGGAAGGGGCCAUUUAUAUGAAGAGGGGUCAGAAUUUGGCGAGGAGAUCGAUGAUGUGCUUGAAGAACGCUUAAAUCCGCCAGGAAACACAAGUAAAGAUCGCAAAAGGAAGCGAGCGAGCCAAAAUAAGUCCAAAAGGAGAUCAAAAGAAAAAGCAAAAGCGCCUCCCAGUGCAACUAGCUCUCGAGAUAUGGGAGAACUUUACGAAGAUACUGGAAAUAAGGUGAUGAACCUUGCCAUCGAAGACACUGCAGAGCCUGUUUUGGAUACGGAUUUUACAAAAGCUCCAAUGUUGGGAAAGUUGCCCGUAUCACCUAGUGGGCAGCUAGAAGUUGUGCGCGUUGAUUCAGCCGAUAGUGAAGAUCCCGCAGUGCUCGGGCCUUCCGCUCCGACAAACCAAUAUUCCAAUGGAGCUGGCACGGACAAAGGCAUUCAUUCUCACCUGGUCCGGUCGAAGUUACAGGAAAGUCUGAUUUCUCUCGAUAGUAAAGAGGGACACCCAUCUCCCACAGCGCAUUUUUCAAACCAGAGUGCAAUUAAGAAUAAUCCAGACUCACUUCUCUCUCAAGAUCCCACUUUAGAUGACUUGAGUUUGCCAAAUUUCUGCCCUCCCAAGAAAUCAAGAAAUCACAGAAAGCGAAAGCUGCACAAGUCCAAAAAGACAUCUAAAUUUCGUGAGAGUUUGACGAUAUCAGAAGAUGCACAGAUUUCUAAAGUGGACGCCUACGAAACAAACCAAACUCUUGAGGGAGCGGCGAACAAGAAGCCCACGCCAGGUCCUACCGCGGCACGUACCAAGUCGAAGUAUUUCACCCGCUACUCGAGAAAGAGAGUUAAGAAACACAAAGCUGUUCGCAGUCAUACGAUAAACUCUACAAACGAUGCUAAAACUGCAAUUCCCGAAGCCACUCGGCUUAUCUUGCAAGACCUAGAACUGCCAUCUGAUUUUAUCUCUUCUGAUUCGACCUUAAGUGAUGUACCAAGUGAUUCCAGCUCCGGUGGGAACAUUGCUUGUUGUUUGGAGCCAGCAAGUAUAUCAUCCCUGGAUGAGUCUGUGCAGUAUCAUGUGGAACCAUUUGUUACACCCACUAAGGAAGUGAAUUCUAAAAAGGAUUCCAAUACUGCGAUGGUCAGACCGUCACGCCUCAGGCUCCCAAAGAUCUCACCGUAUUUCUUUAAUCCAGGACUCGAACCCGAUUCAUGCCUUCCGUUCCCGCCUCUCGAGGCCCCCUCUUUCGGUCUGGUCCAAGAGCAAUUGGCGCACGAUCCAUUUCGACUGCUCAUUGCAACGAUAUUUCUUAACCGGACACGGGGUGGGGUUGCUCUUCCGAUUCUGUUCCAAGUCUUUGACCACUUCCCGACUGUUGAGGCCAUGGCUGCAGCAGACUUAACAAGCCUAGUAUCUAUGAUCCAUUGCCUUGGAUUCCAAAACCAGCGGGCUAGGAAAUUUAUCCGUCUCGCUCAGACAUGGCUAGCAUGCCCGCCCGUCAAGGGGAAAAGAUACCGCAAGCUUCACUACCCUCGCAGAAUGGAUGGACGAGAUAUUGGAAACGAAGAAUGUGUCGAUGAUGAUGAUUCGCGAGUGGCUUGGGAAAUUGCACAUCUACCCGGAGUGGGGGCAUAUUCCCUUGAUAGUUGGCGGAUUUUCUGUCGAGAUGAGCUGCGAGGGCUUGCCCAGGAUUGGAAAGGUAGGGGUGCCCUGGAGCCUGGUUUCAUUCCGGAAUGGAAAUCAGUCCUUCCUCAGGACAAGGAGCUGCGGGCGUAUUUGACGUGGAUGUGGCUCAAGGAAGGCUGGGUGUGGGAUCGACAGACAGGGGAAAAGACCAGGGCGAGCGCAAAAGUGAUGCGAACGGCACUUCGGGGAGGGAUGGCUCAUGAGGAGAAUGGAAACUGGGUUCUCGAGACGUCACCUGUAAAGAAAAUUGCCAAUGGGCUAACGGAUAGUAUUCGAGAGCCAGGGCAUUGA